AUGUCGGCGGAGAAACAUGCCAUGGACGUGCCACGCGUGGCUGCGGUGGAGUUGCCGUUGAACGUGCGUGAUACCGACCGCGCAAUUGCCAUGCUUGGCGGAAAAGAACGGAUUGCUCGCGCGAUCAGUGAGGCAAAUCCGGGGGCACCUCAUCCAGUUCCGGGCAAUGGGGCCGGUGCUGCCCCCACCACUGCUGCAGGUACGGUAAUUCCACUAGAACUCCGACUCCGUGAGGAUCCUUUCCAUCAUCCAAUUCAAUCACUGUUAACGAACCAAGAACGCAUACUACUAAAAGUGUCGGUGCCUAAGCGCGUCAUGUCAAAACUAGACAAAAAUGUAUCAGCUCAUAAAGCUUUAAUGGAAUGCGCCAAUUCUGGAGCACAGUACAAGGUGCAACCGGUUGCAAUUAUCAAUAAAACUUAUUCGUUCAAAAGAAUGGCUGAUUUCCAGGCCAUCACCAAGCACAACCCAGUUGCCCAAGAAUACCAACAACUCAUCAAUGCCAAUAGUUUGCAACCAAUUACCGAUAUACUCACAAAACGAUCCAAUUUCCAGGGCAUUGAAGACUAUAAAGAUCCUUCUGGGUUUGCCAACACUGACCACCAUCUUCCUCCACCCCCGUUGUUCAGUCCUAUAUCGUUUCCCUUCGACUACAAGUACAAUAGAAACCCAUUGACCACCACCGUUACUGAUGCUGAGGGCACUGUGCGAGUGGUAUCCCGAAAAACUACUUUAAAGUUGCACACCAUAAUAAUAGAUUUCUCAUCUCAGCAUGUCCCUGAAGAGCCCGCCGAAGCGUUGCGCCAAAAUUACGAAAACCUCAAGAAAUCACCUCCACAACCUGGAAGUUUGGAUGCUGCCCUUUUGUCUUGCAUAGAAUGGCUCCAUAAGGCACUUGAAGUCAAACCCAUAUGGCUUCGAAAACAUUUGGAAGAUGUUGCUCCCGCUGACCUUCGUCGAGUAUUGAAACAGGCUCUUCCCUAUGUCACUUAUAUUUUCAAAAGUGGACCCUGGCGUUUUUGCAAUGUUAAGUUUGGCGUUGAUCCCAAGUCCGACAAGAAAUACUGGUUAUUUCAAAGUGAAUAUUUUCGGAUUCCCGGUCUUCAUUUUGGCGUAGGAGAGGUCAGCGAACGAAUACUUCCUCCAAGUUUGACCAACAAUAACUCAUUGGUGAGUGUCAGUGACUUUGCCAUAUCUCACCACCUCUUGUUCACUGGUACAAGGCUACCACAUACAGUCACCUAUCAAGUAGGAGACGUUACCGAUCCAGAUGUUGUUCAGUUUUUGCAAACUCUGAGUGCUGGCUUCUUUCGUGAAGCUCCAGACUUUCAAGAUGGUUGGAUAAAUCGACAAAGUAUAGAGACCGUUCGUAGGAUUAUCCGGUAUAAACUCAGUCGAAUGGUCAAGGAAGAGCCAAUUGAAAUAUCCAAAAUUGAAAAAAUCGUUCACACAGAGUACGUGGAAAGAGAAGAAAGUGACCAAGAAGAAGCAAGCGAUAUCGAAAGCGAAAAUGAAUCGAUGGAAGAAGAAGAGUCGGAAGACUUGAAAGAACGUAUUGCUCAAUUGGACAAAUCGCAUCCUAUACGCCAGUUGGCCGGCUACGUGAACCAAGAUGACUUACAGGCGUAG